UCGGUAUUAUGUUUUGAAUGUGAUUUGGUGAUAUAUAUAAUAUAAUAAGAACAGAAGGAUUGUUCAGUUAAAGACAUGACUUGGAUGCAAGCGGUGAUUAUCUGUGCGGCGGUGUGUGUCGCGGCGGCGGAGCGACGCUUCCCUGAGGGGUUCAAGUUCGGUGCGGCCACCGCCUCCUACCAGGUCGAGGGAGCAUGGAACGUCAGCGACAAGGGCGAAAACAUUUGGGACCGCUUCGUGCACUCGCGGCCAGAAGCCAUAAGCGACCGCAGCACCGGCGAUGUCGCGUGCGACUCUUAUCACCGCUGGCAAGAGGACAUACAGCUGCUUGUGGACAUGAAUGUGGACUUUUACAGAUUCUCAAUAUCCUGGUCCCGACUGCUGCCGACCGGGUUCUCGCAACGGGUGAGCGCGGACGGCGCGCGUUACUAUGGUGACCUAAUCGAUGGGCUGCUGGCGAAAGGCAUUGAGCCCAUUGUGACACUGUACCAUUGGGACCUGCCGCAACCUCUGCAGGACUUGGGUGGCUGGGCUAAUCCCAUGAUCUCGGACUGGUUCGCGGAUUACGCUCGCGUGGCGUACAACCUCUAUGGAGACCGCGUGAAGACCUGGGUCACCAUCAACGAGCCUACCGUCAUCUGCGACAUUGGGUACAACAACUUGAUCGCACCGGGACUGGAGUCAGAGGGGCGGGGCUCAUAUCUCUGCACCAAGCAUGUCCUGCUCGCGCACGCCAAGGCCUACAGGCUGUACGAGAGAGACUUCAAACCUAAAUAUCAAGGACAGGUGUCCCUGACCAAUCACAUGAUGUGGUUUGAGCCCGCCACGGAGCAAGACGUCGAGCUUACGGAACUCGUCAAAACUCUUUCGAUCCAACGGUACUGCCACCCCAUCUUCUCUUCUGAGGGAGGCUGGCCGCCGGCGCUGGAGCGGUACAUAGCAGAGAAGAGCAGAGAGGAAGGCGAGCCGCGCUCCAGGCUGCCGCCCUUCACGCAGGAGGAAAAAGAGAUGCUUAGAGGCUCGUACGACUACCUCGGUUUGAACCACUACACGACGCGCACAGUCCGUCCCGCGGCGCCGGGCGAACACAUCGGCACUCACCUUUUCGAUGGGUUUAAGGAGCUGGGCGUCGUUUUAGGAGCCAAGCCUGAGUGGCCAACUACAAUGUCUCACUGGUUUAUGGUGCACCCUGAGGGUUUACGCGCCCUGCUGGUUUCCAUGAAGCAGCAAUACGGAGACGUGCCCAUCUUCAUCAUGGAGAACGGGCUCUCCGACACGGGAGCUGACCUUGAUGACCAACCCAGGGUGGACUACUACAGGAGCUACUUGGAGCAGGUGUUGCUGGCGAUAGAAGAUGGAGUGAGAGUGGUGGGCUACACAGCGUGGUCGCUGCUGGACAACUUCGAGUGGAUGGACGGCUACCAGUCCCGCUACGGACUGCACCACGUGGAUUUCUCGUCAGAGCUGCGCACGCGCACGGCGCGCCGCUCCGCCAGAUACUACGCAGCCGUCGCGCGCACUAAAGACAUCCAUGCGCAGUACCAGUUUAACAAGACGAACACUGUGAAAGGCGUUUGAUUACGACAUCCAUUUACGUGACGAAAGGGAAAAAAACCGCACCACUAUAGAACUUAUAGAGUACUAUCAUACAGUAUGGCCACUCCCUGCUUCCCACUGAAAGUGCCGCCCGCUCUCGGUUACCUCACAGUUAGCGCCUAUCAAGAACGCGACCAGUCGACCUGUCAUAUCUCACUCAUACAAGCAUGGUACGCGUUCGCCUACACGACCUUAGACUGGUGCGUACUAAACGCACUUCUUUCAUAAUAUACACAGUGAAAUACAAACUUUGCACAGUGAGUUUUAAGGUCAUAAUGAACAACCUUUAUUAUGCCUCAUUUGCCCGAGGUGAAGUGUGACUAUAGUGUCGUCCCACUUUUAUUUUCUAGUCUUAUCCAGCCUGUUUUCUCUAAUAUAUUUUAGUGUAUUCUA